AUGAUGUUCUGGAGCAAAACCAAGGUUGUGGUCCAUGGUUUCACUGCAAAGAGAAAGGAUUGUUUUGUCACUUUGGAGGACACUCUUUUGGGAUCUGUCCUGGAUGGUCUGACCUGGUGUGGAAAAGAAGGCAGCAAUGAUACCUUUACUAAUGGGUGCCCCGGAUGGUCAGACUGUGAAAACAACCCUGUUCGCUCAUUUUGGAUUCGUGCCUCUGCUUUUGCAGAUGUAACCUGUGAUAAUGUCACGGCAAUGCUAAACGAAUUGGUCAGCGAUCCAUUCAAUUCUACAAGUAUUUUUGCAAGCGUUGAGGUGCCGAGGUUGAAUGCCUCUAGGGUCAAGAACCUGAAUGUUGUUAUGGUCAUACAGAAGAACAACAUAUCAAACUGUACAGAUCCAUCCUUGAAGAAUUUGACGCAAACUCUAGAUACAGGAAUAACAUUCAGCUGCAAAGACGUGCCUGAAUCUUGGAUUCAGGAAUGCGGCUCCAAACCAGAGAUAGCGUGUGGAGCCUGCUGGUGA